UACUCCUAUUUUGCCCCUGAAAAAGCCUGAUGGAUCAUACAGGUUAGUACAAGAUUUAAGAGCUGUUAAUAAGAUAACUGAAGAUUUAUACCCAGUGGUUGCUAACCCCUACACCUUGUUAACUCUUUUAACACCUGAACUAACCUGGUUUACUGUUUUAGAUUUGAAGUAUGCUUUCUUUUGCCUCUCUCUCCAUGAAGCCAGCCAGAAAAUUUUUGCAUUUGAAUGGGACAAUCCCAAAACUGGACAUAAAACUCAGCUCACAUGGUGUGUACUGCCCCAGGGGUUCAAGAACUCCCCUACUAUAUUUGGAGAACAGCUGGAAAAGGAUUUGGAGCCUUGGGAACCACCACCAGGAGAAGGACAGCUGCUUCAAUACGUGGAUGACCUCUUAAUAGCCACCCAGACCCAAGAGGAAUGUGUGGAUUGGACGGUAAGCCUCCUAAACUCUUUGGGCCUGCAGGGGUACCGGGUAUCCCAAAAGAAAGCCCAAAUGGUGAAACAAAGAGUUAUUUACCUGGGCUACAAAGUAAGUGCUGGACAAAGGACCUUGGGGCAAGACCAUAAGGAAGCAAUAUGCCAAACCCCGAAACCCCAGACAGUAAAAGAACUGAGAACUUUUCUAUGCAUGUCGGGGUGGUGCAGACUGUGGAUUUAUAACUAUGGAUUGUUCGUUAAACCCCUGUAUGCCUUAAUCACGAAAGGGAGCAGGGAUCUUCAGUGGACAACAGAAGCAACAUGAGCCUUCAACCCACUAAAGAAAGCUCUUAUGUCAGCUCCAGCCCUGGGACUUCCAGAUGUAAGCCGUUCUUUCUGUUUUCUCACGAAAAACAAGGGAUUGCUCUGGGAGUACUAGCACAGGACCUGGGGCCGUACCGGAGGGCAGUCGCCUACCUCUCCAAACAGCUGGACAUGGCAGCCAAGGGGUGGCCAGGGUGCCUCAGAGCUGUUGCAGCCAUAGCAGUGAACAUCCAAGAGGCACGCAAAUUCACCCUAGGCCAGAAGAUGACCGUGCUAGUAUCCCACACAGUGUCUGCAGUCCUGGAGGCAAAAUGGGGACAUUGGCUUUCCCCACAAAGAUUUCUAAAGUACCAGGCCAUAUUGGUAGAACAAGAUGAUAUUAAAAUUGUGGUAACUAACAUUUUGAACCCAGCUUCUUUCCUCAGCAGGAGCAUGGGAGAACCAGUAAUCCACGACUGCCUGGAGACCAUUGAAGCCACCUACUCCAGUUGCCCAGAUCUGAAGGACACCCCUCUCGAGGACGCUGAGAGCUGGUUCACUGAUGGGAGCAGCUAUAUCAUCAGUGGAAAAAGACAUGCUGAGUAUGCAGUUACCACAAGCAGAGAGUCUUUUGCAGAGAAGACUUUGGAACUACAGUGGGAAGGACCAUUCCAGGUACUCCUCACCACCUUCACGGCAGUCAAGAUCAAAGAACAGAAGGCGUGGAUCCAUCACUCCUGAGUGAAGAAGGCUCCUGAAGAAAUUUGGAAAAUUGCACCAGGCGACAGAGACCGAAGCUGAAAUUCACUAAGAACGGCAAGUAAUGGACCUAUAGCUAUCAUGGACAUAAUGCAAAUAGCUGUGAUCCUUGUAGUCAUUGCCACGAGUACAAUAAGAGUCAAAGCAACACCACAUCAGUACAAUGUAACCGGGAUUUAUCGAUGCCAAGGGAAAGCUUACGAUCCCUACUCUCGUAGGGCUUUAAGCAAAAUGUUAGGGGUCACGAAUGCAAGUAUGUGGGAAGGGAGGAAUGUUUGGGGAUAUGAAUAUGCAUUCGUACAAGAUGGGUUCCAUGAGGCUUACCAUCCACCCAUGGAACUUAUCCAAGUUGGUCCUGGAUGCUGUGACAAAUGUUUAACCACGUGUCCUGAAUUUAGACUUAAAAUUGAAGGAUGCGCAGCAAAAGGGUUUGAUCUUGAUUUUAACUUUACUCAAUAUUGCAUCGAGUUUCACAAAAUCAAAGCCAAAUCAACCACACCAGUGUCAGAGAGGGCUGUAAUGAUCCAGACUACAAUUAUUUCAAAGAAAAAGGAACAACCUAUAAUUCCCACAAUUACUAAAAUUGGACCAUAUGCUGUCAAGAAAACAGGAAUUCAGAGACUGCUAACUAAACCAGAAUAGUCUCUGAAGCGAGUAGAAAUGGGAAUGCAGGUAAAUGCUUCUACCAUUCGGCCAGAAUGUGCGCCAUUUCUCAAAACUCCUUUUGUGGAAUGGACUACUUAGCUUCAAAACCACAUGCCCUCUAGUUUUAAGAAAAAGAGAGACCUCACUGGGAUAUUAGGAACAGGAUUGGGAGUUUUAAACACAAUGGAUUCGGAGGUGUUAAUGAACAAAUUGACUGUGAUGGGAAGUGAUUUAGUUAAAUUACAGCGGCCUUUGCAAUCUUCUUUAUUAGCACUAGGUAACAAUCAUUGGAAACUAAGCAAAAUAUUACCAAAAUGGGAAAACAUAGAAGAGCAAGACCAUGAGGUAAUAAUUAAAGCCCUAGGCACAGCUAGUGCAAACAUUUCUCUGGCUCUUGGAUGUAUUCAAGCACAAAUGUGGAUGCAGUCAGUGGCUGCUGCAGUUAUCAGGGAAGGAGAGGAAGGGAUAUUCCCUGCUGAAAUUCGCAAAAUUGUUUGGGGUAAUGCCUCUGAAAUGGAAAGAGUGCUUCAAUCUUGGAGGGUUUUGGUUAAUUUUACCUAUGACCCUGAGACAAAUACAGUGACAGCUUUUGUUUUAACUAUACAUAAUGCAUCCAUGAGCUUAAUAUGCCCAAUAGUUGCUCUAAGACUAAAUCAUGAAGGGACUGUACUGUAUCCUUCUGAAUAUAGAAUGUGGGCACGAGAAGUUGAAGGAAAAUGGCAGACCAUUAACCUAGAGCCCUGUUCUAUGAGAAAACAAUUGGGAUAUAUAUGUGAGGGAACUUUAGAAGAUGACAAAGGUACUUGCCUGGACACAGACCAAAGCAUUUGCCACUUUGAAAUGCAUCUAACCAACCAAACAACUUCACUUGUGUAUAUAGGACAAGGUUGUGUCUGUCUCUGAACAGCAUGUCCCACCAUAAUAAUAGACAAUCAAAUUGUGGAUGAGACUCAGUUCAAUUUAUGUGUUUGCAAUUUUGCUAAAAUCAAAGGAUGCGACUUUUCCUAUCAGGCACCAGUAAUAUCAUAUCAGUACAUAAAGGCAAACCUGGUUACUGUGUAAGAAAUACUGCCUAUGCCUAUAGGAAUGAAUUUAACCUAGUCACUCAGCUACUGAAACAUCAGGAAUUAAGAAAAAUUUUAAAAGAGAUUCAAGAUGCAGGGAAAAGGACUUUGAUAACGAUACACCAUAAGAAGAGUGUUUAAAAGAUUUGGAGAACAUCUGUCUCAUCAUUGGUGGGAUGUGCUAUUUGGAUGGUCACCAACAGCAAAUGGUUUGCUUAAUGCCUUAAUUCACC